UAGAAAGUAUGCACUAAUAUUUGCUCAAUAAAAUCUUAACAGCAAAUCAGCGGAACAGCAAAUUUAGAUUUAAUUCAUUAUUUAUAAUCUGCAACAAUGCUAACGGAUACAGACGACGAUUUCUUCUUUGAGGAGGAUAAAAUUAAAAGCUUAAGAUCGGACUCCACUGUCACACCACUAAUACCCGUCGAGAAUUCUACACGCUCGGAACAGCAGCAGCAGCAGCCACUGGAGCAACAGAGUGAGCUGAAUGUAGAUGAUGCCACAUUUGAUUUUGAACUAGAAUUAGUGACUGACAACGAACGGAAAGCGGCGUCUGCAUGUGAUGAUGCCGCGGCGACAAGUAUUGUUGUGCCCUUUUUAGGCGACCGUAUAAAUGAUUUCGAUAGGCAGAAAUUUGAGUUAGAGCGGCUGGGUAUGACAGUGACAACUAAUUCGGUGAUGAUCAACAAGGAUCAAAGCAACUUGAUAGGCAUCAGCAUUGGCGGCGGUGCCCCAUUGUGUCCCUGCCUUUACAUAGUGCAAGUUUUCGAUGGCACGCCAGCCGCGCGUGAAGGUUCCCUCCAGAGUGGUGAUGAACUGUUGGCGGUCAAUUCGGUCAGUGUGAAGGGCAAAACCAAGGUGGAGGUGGCCAAAAUGAUACAAGCACCCACUACAACCGUUACCAUACACUACAACAAGCUACAUGCUGAUCCCGAGCAAGGCAAAUCGUUGGACAUUAUACUUAAAAAAUUAAAGCAUCGCAUUGUGGAUAACAUGUCCAGCAAUACAGCGGAUACACUGGGACUCUCGCGCGCCAUCCUAUGCAAUGAUUCGUUGGUAAAGCGUCUGGAAGAACUUGAGGGUACCGAACUGAUGUACAAGGGUUUGGUGGAGCACGCACGACGCAUGCUUAAAGCCUAUUACGAUUUGCUGCAAACUUACAAAGCUUUUGGCGAUUGUUUCAGCCAGAUUAGUGCGCGUGAACCACAGCAGCGCGCUUCUGAGGCGUUUCGUAUGUUUGGCGAAUUCCAUAGGAAUUUGGAAAAGGAUGGCCUCAGCAUUAUAAAACAAAUCAAACCAGUGCUCUCUGACCUGGGUACGUACCUGAACAAGGCUAUACCGGACACUAAAUUGACGGUACGCCGUUAUGCAGAUGCAAAAUUCACUUACCUCUCCUACUGUCUGAAGGUGAAGGAAAUGGACGAUGAGGAGCAUAGCUUUGCAGCGCUGCAAGAACCGCUCUAUCGCGUUGAGACGGGCAACUAUGAAUACAGACUCAUUUUGCGUUGUCGUCAUAAUGCGCGCAAUAAAUUCGCCAAACUACGUACCGAUGUCUUGGAAAAGAUGGAGUUGCUGGAGUGCAAACAUGCCACAGAUCUGAAUCAGCAAUUGCGCUGCUUACUUGACAGUUUGGCGCAAUUGAAUCGUUCGGUGGUGGAGCGUAUGGACGCCUUGCCACCACUUUUCCCCAUCGAGGUUGACUUCAAAGAAACCGAUUUCCAAUAUAAGUCGAGCACUCUUAAACCGCAAGAUUUGGAUGAAGAAGAUGAGGAGACUAGCGUGCGCACUGAAGCGAAUACACUGCGUGCGACGAGUACGGAAGUUGUUUGCGGUCUAGAAGCUGUUGAAGCACCAGCGCCAGUGAUGAAUAUACAGCAAAAGGGAUCGAUUUUAGACAAUCUUGACUCGGCAAAUAAUCAAGGCGUCGAAAGUAAUGAAACCCUUUUAAAAGAGUUGGGUCUAUUCGGUGUUGAUCUUAUGUCAAAUCCACAAACUUUAACAAACCAGACAGAUUCAGUUGCCGCACAAAAUGGCUCUUACGAUUUUGAUUUGUUUCUAAAUCAAACUGCAGCAACAACCACGCAAUUGGAACAGGAUUUGAUGUCUGCGAAUGCACUGGAAACGGAUCUACUGUUGCAGUGAAUGUGUUGCAAGGUGAAGGAAAUGAGUUUUGCGAAAAAAAUAAUAAUAAAAAUAGUAUCAUACCUGAUUAAUAAAUGGUUAAUAAAAUACCAAUCAAUCGUGCAUCCCUUUCCAAGUCGGCUGCCAAAGUCACUUACGUUUGCUGCAGUACAAAUGAAUGUUUUGUCGAUGCCACAGGGAAUGGGUAAAUUGGGGUCUUGUAUUUAUGUAUGUAACUGUGUCGCCAUAGCUAUGCGGAAUACUAUUUGAAAAGUUACAUACAUUUUCGAAUAAGUUGAAUGGCCUUAAUUUUAUUCUGAACUCUGCGAGCGUCUAACAAAAAUAGUUCGCCAAUCUUCGAGAAAUUUGUGAGCAUACAACAAUCUGCAAUCUUCGUUCACACCUUUUAGAUAUAUCCAAUUCGCAGCGAAGCUCAAGUUGAGAAUCAGUUUAUUAUAAAUUAGAGAAUGAGCUAUGAAUUGAAUUGGAGAAUCAUUUUCAAAAAAUAUCUUUGUAGUUAGUUAUAAACUAAAAAUCAGGUUGAUAAAUAUAAU